GACUGAGGCUGGGGAGAGAUCUUUUGUGGGAGAUUCCUCCUUGGUGAAGUUUUUCUCUGUGAUCCUGGAAUCUUCUGAUGUGGAGGACAGACUGCCAUUUUAACUCAGUUAUGCCAAAGAUCCAACAACGUGGUCCACAGAAUGAAGCUUCUGAAAUGUGGAUGGUGUGACAACAGAUCUCUGAUCCAUCAUUGAAUUAUUUGAUAAACUUCAAUCAGCAGAAGCAAGCAAGAUUCACAAGAAGUUCCUUUGUAGGAAAGCCCAAACUCACCGAUAGUAAAUGAAAGCCUUCUGAGAAUAAAAUCCUGAAGAAAACUGUACUAAACUAAAUUACAUGCUGGAUGAGCUUUGGCACUGAAUCUCCCAAAGUUUAUGAAAUUACUGCACACAGCUUUCUAAGGAAUCAUGAAAAGUGAAGAAAGACCUGGUACUAAUUCACGCCACACUGUGCUACACGGCGCUCCUGGCUGCAUCGCACCUGUUGAUGUUUAUGUGCCAAGGUACAUCACGCCAACUGCAAUGGCAAGGAAGGUACAGCUGCAAUUGAGCCUGCAAACAGGACAGCUGCAUCUCAGGGAGCGCUGCUCUCCAGCACCAGGCCAGGAACCCGCUUCAACCGCUGGAGCAAAAGUAGAGGAGAUGUUUGAAAGCUUUGCACGUCGCGUGGCCGCUGCAGCCCACCAGUCGCUCCGUGCUGCACAGCAAGGAGAGGAAACAGCUGUGGGUCGGUGUACUUCGGGCAGUACAGCAGCAGGGAUCAUCUUGACCGACGCGUGCUACCAGGAGGAAGAGACGCAGGCAUCUGAAGCGACACGUCCCUUAGCAGCACUGGGGUAACACACAAACUGCAGAACAGAAGUUGCAGGCAAAGGCCGACGACUCUUGCUGCCAGGAGAAACACAGCCCCAGUGAUCACUUCUGCGACAAAAGAGAUCCAGACCAGUGCCAGAGACCAGCCAAACCUGAUGUCGAUUUCUACCAGGACAUCCUUACUCCUCAGGAGGCAGACAGCUUCUUCAAAGGCAGCAGCUGAAUAUGCAAUGUAGACUCCAAUCCCGGGGAAAUGUUUGCGCCUUAGAACAGAACCGGCGGAGCCGCGGGCACGGGGCAGCGAGGAGGGUUGCUGUUUGUUUCUGUGGAGAAAAAUAGAGAACUGAGAGACACGCGGGAUACGUUCACCGAUUGCCCUUCUGGUGGGGGCACGUGAGAGGAGCCAGGUUUUUCCAGGAAGAGCCAGUACUUGUACAAAAUGUUGGAGACCCCCAUGCACAGCCCCGUAUCUCAUCAGGGCGCAGUGGAGACUGCGUGACUGCAGCUUGCCCAAGGCCUUGGAAGCUGUGCCAUGAGGUUGUGCUGAGCAGAGCAGUUCCAUGGCAGCUGUGCUUCACAGUGGGCUGCCUGGCGACAGCGGCUGUCCCCAUAGGUGUCCCUCUCACUGACGUACCAUGGGAGAUGUCACGGAGAAGGAGAUGGAUAACCUCACGUUCAAAAGUGACACCGUCCUUUCUGACGUGCACUUGCACUGUCCCAACAAAAGUCAUCUCAUGGUACGAUUGAAUGCGGUUGGGCAGCCAGUGUUCCUGUCGUAUUUCAAAUUCCUUUGGAACACAGAUGAUUGGGCCUCUGAGAAGUAUGCAAGAGAAACUACAACUGAAAGAGAACACCAGUACAGAAGUGGAGAUGAACUAACUAACAAGGACGGGAAUAAUCUGAAAUAUGAAAAGGAAUUGAACAGUGAAGGAAUAGAAGCUCUGCUAGAUGAGGACGGAGACUUGGAAGUGGUCAGAAGGCCUCAAAGAGCCAGUGACUCAGAGACAGAGGAUCUUAUGAGGGAUAGAGUAUAUCCUGUAAUUCUGAUGAGAGGAAAAGAAAAUGCAUUUGAAGAAGAAGAACAAGAAUGCACUUGCAGCAGUGUUGUUAAAAUAGAGCAUACUAUGGCAACCCCCUUAGAAGAUGUUGGUAAACAAGUGUGGCGUGCAGCCUUUCUUCUUGCUGAUUACAUUCUGUUUAAACGGGAUAUGUUCAGGAGUUGCACAGUGCUGGAGCUUGGAGGUGGCACAGGAAUUGCAAGCAUCAUCAUGGGAAUGAUUGCUAGCAGAGUUUAUUGCACAGAUGUUGGUGAAGAUCUUUUGGCCAUGUGUGAAAAAAAUGUUGCAUUAAACAAGCACCUGAUGGAACCAGGAGGAGGAGAAAUUAAAGUGAAAGAACUGGACUGGCUGAAAGAUGAAUUCUGCACUGAUCCAGAAGCGCUCUAUAGCUGGUCUGAAGAAGAGAUUGCAGAUUUGCAUGACCACUGCACUGUGAUAAUGGCAGCUGAUGUGUUCUAUGACGAUGAUCUGACAGAUGCCUUCUUCAGAACGCUGUAUAGAAUCACACAUAACUUGAAACAUUCUUGCACAGUUUUCCUGGCCAUAGAAAAGAGGCUGAAUUUCACUUUAAGACAGAUGGAUGUUACGUGUGAAGCCUACAGUCAUUUUCGAAGUACUCUAAAUGAUUUGGAGAACCUUCAUGAUGGAAAAAUGAAAUACAGCGUGGAACCCAUUAAGCCUGAUUUCUGCCAGUUUCUUACUUAUGAAAGGAUUGAGCAGUUGGAAUUGUGGAAGAUCAUGGCUGAUCGGCUAACGUGACAGGGACAUGAGAAAAUAGAAGAUCUUAAUCUAACGAUAAUAUUUUGGGUAGUGUUUUAUUGAAAAAUUUCCUGUUGGAUGUGAGUUCUCAGAAACUAAUUCCCUGCAGAUUUGCCUUACCUCAGCAAGUCUUGUUUUUUUGGCUCUUAGGAUGUGGUUUCUUUGCUUCUGUUACGAAACUGGUUAACGUUGAUCUUCAGAGGACGUGCUGGCUGAGAAGCUGUGGCAGUGACGCAGAGCUGCACAUUCUCUGGGACUGAUGACUUAGGCUUUAGUUUCUAACACAGAGGUAUUUUGCCUUCAUCUGUGUGGCCAAUUUGCAGACGUCACACGUGUUACUUUCUAGUUUUCUGAACUUGGAUACACUUCUCAGUCUUAGCAGAGUUGCACGUUAUUUGUAUUUAUGGACAGGUGUGAAACAGUCUAUGGGCAAGCCCUGUUUGUCAUUCACGGACUUCCAUUUAAGCAGUCUCUGUAUGAAACCUUCAUUUUGGGUUGGUCUUAUCUGAAUCAUUCUAGCUUAGGGCACCUGUCUCAAUGGAAAGGAGGCAAAGUGCAUUUAGUUGAAGCCUCCUCAAAUGUUCCACAGAAAUCUUAGAGCUGGGUUGUCCUAGUGGCAUUCUAAGCUUGCCAGGCUGAGGAUGGGAAGGGGAAGUGAUGUACUCCUCUCUCUUAAAACGUUGGAGUUCUCAUUGUGUAUGUGUGAGGCUGGGAAGACGGUGACCCAGAAUGUCUUGCCUCUGCAAAUGGGGCUUUCAGCCCCUUAGCUUUUGGAUUAAAGUAUAACAGAUUUAUCAGUUCUCCUCUGUGUUAUUAAUGAAACCAAAAAUCAUUGUGUUUAUACUCAUUACAAAUUCUGUGUGUACUAUAGUGUUUAUGUUUAUUUCACUUGCCAUAUGUGCACUGUCACUUACAUUCUUGUGCCUGCUGGAUUCUUUAGCAUUGUGAGAAUGUCAUGAUAAAACUGUUCCAGCCUGUGACACGUGGGAGUGUGUGUGUCACAUAGAAGAAUCUGGUUGUCUUUGUGAAAGUCUGUUUUACGUUUGAUUUAGUUUGGUCCUUUUAGGCCAAUUAUUUCCUAAUGCAGGAGCAUUAAGGUAUAUUUUGCAUCAACAUAUCAUAUAUUUUAUAUCAUAUAUUUUUCUCUAUUUUUCAUGUUGCUUAAUGAGAUGAAAGGUCUUUAGAGAACGAUGAUGGCUUUUUCCUGCGAGUAAAACCAAAGUAAAAAUUACAUUAUAUUGGUAUGUAUCUGCCUAGAUUAACGUAGAACAUUUCUCUCACAAUUCUCAUUUAAACAUCAAAGAUAAACAAACAAAAUACCUGUAUCUUAAUCCAGGGAUUCCCAACUAGAGUUCUUAUUCCUGGUUCGCUCACUGAUUUUGACAACACACCACCUCUUCUGUCCUGAGAGACCCCCGUUCAUGAUGGAACACUCUAAAUGUGCUUUGUGGACAUCCUGUGUCUGUUUUUAUGGACCUUUCACAGGGGUGGCCCACAGACUAAGUGAAUGAUAUCUUUGUAUACGUUGAAGGGUGCUGAUUAAUCUGUUGGUUACGGUGGGACCUGAGCACUACUGAAGUGGUGUGGAAUAAGGGAUGGAUAUCAUACUGUUUUUGGCUGAGAUAGAGUUUAUUUUCUUCAUAGUGGCUUGGACUGUGCUGUGUUUUGAAUCUGUGAUGAGAAUGAUGUUGUAACACACCAGUGUUUGAGUUGUUGCUGAGCACUGGUCGUACAUCAAGGUCUCUAUUUCUGGUGAUGCCCUUGCAGGAUGUGGGUGAGGCACAGCCAGGACAGUGAGCCCCAGCUGCCCAGCAGCAGAUUCCAUACCUCCUGAUGUCCUGAUCAGGAAUAAAAGCUGGAGGACAGAUGAGAUGGGGGUGUCCUGGAGUUGUGGUGUUUGUCUUCCCAAGUAGCCACUGCUCAUGAUGGACCCUUGCUGCCCUGGCUCACAGACAGCAGUGAUUGGAUUCCUUGUGCUUUGCUUGCUUGAACAGCUUCUGCUUUACCUGUUAAAUUGUCUUCAUCUCAAACCAUGGAUUGUUCUCACCUUAACUGUUCCAGUUCUCUCCCCCAUCCCACUUAAGUGGAAUAGCCUAGCUGCUCUGUGGGGUGGAGUAGCUGCCAGGGUUAGACUGCAGCAGUUGGUUUGUGAUGUUAUUUACUUGGUGGGUUAACUGAAGAGAACUUCUUUUGAAUGCAUCUGCAACUUAAGUAGUGAUUUUUUUUUUUUUUUUUUUUUUUUUUUGAAGGUUCAGCAGCAAGAAAUGAAUUUGAGCUGAUGUAAGAUAGUCUUGUAUACUUACAGAAACUCAUCCAGGCAAGGAGAUGCUGUGAAUCUGUUCAGUGUAGAAUUCAAGCAUUUACCACAACUGGUUUAAAUUAGCAUCUGAAAAAAAAAUAACAUCUGUGUCUUUGGCUGAGUAACUACAAACAUCACUGCUUUCUGGAAGUAAGCGAAAGUAGCAUUUCCUCCUAAAAACGUGGAGCUAAUCCUGCUGUUGAAGGGAGUCUCAGGGUUCAGUGUCUGAGGCUGUAAGUAUAGGCAGCAGUAGAUAUAGUUGCCUUAAACCAGUUUCAGAUCACCCAAGAGAGGAAACAGUCACAAUCUGAUCAUAAAGAAGAAAUUUUUUCCCCUUUCUGAGGAUCAGGGCUCCCCAAAUGCUACAAAGACAGUGAUCUGCAAGAUGCUUCCCUUGCAGCUGCCAGCCCUUAAGUGAGGUUAUGGUCACACAGGUGAAUUGCUCACAGCUGUGCUCCCAGGACUGGCUACACCCCUUCACCAGCUGCUCCAUCAGGCCAUGACCCAACCCUUCCCAUACCGCGGUGUAAAGGUCAGCUUGUACAUUUGGAUAUGACACUUAUGACAGAUGGUAAGGAAUAGCCAGAAACAGGCAGUAACUGGGAACAGGAGAGUUGCAAAGAGCCUUAAAAUGCCCUAGCUUUGCAGUGUUAGUGAGAGAGAAGCACGGACUGACCUGCCAGAGAACUGGUAAGGGUAUCACCACCUCAGUCUUGUCUGGAAUCAUGCUGUACGUGGGUCGUGCUCAGCACAUAAGUUUACACCUUCAGCAGUCUGUUGUCUGUUAGGGUUAGAAACAGGAAAUGGUUUAAUGUUCAGUGUGCAGAUCAUAAUUGGGAAUCUAGCUAGUGCCUGAAAUGAUAAUAUUUCUAGCACGUUGUCUGUAUUUAUAUGAUCAGGAAGGUGGGUUUUUUUUCCUAAUAAGGCAUGAUCUUGAAAAUAAUGUGCUUGUGGGGUGGUGCAUCUGAAUUUUGCACUUCCAAUGAAGUGCAUUUUCUUGGCAGCACAAGAAACUGUCCCAGCUGAUCCCUCGGGACCUUGUUGAGCAGAUCACCACUCUGCUGCUCCGGGGCUGGAGAGCUGCUGAUUGAGGAGCUGCGUGGGAAGCCCAGCACAGCCAUGUCCAGGUGUGGGUCGGGCUGCGGGACCUGCAGGCUGGCAGGUGCAUGCCAACAUCAUCUAUUCUCUUAGCUCUCAAAGCAGAAUCAUAGUUAUCUAAGAACCUAGACGAGUGUUUGCACCGCUUAUUA